AAGUCGAAUCUUCAGCCGUCUUUUUCGUGAAGAAGGACGUUUCACAAGGUUCUUCCGCUGCAAGUUUUUCUCCUAACUGAAAUGCAGCAAAGACGGCUAGCAGUCUUAUUAUAUUGUGUGCUCAUCAGCAGUUGUGUCUACUGCCAACGAGACCGUAGUUAUGAUGAGGAGGAAAUCGACGAAAAGCAGCUAGCUGCUCCGGCAAGAGGCGUUUUCGGUAAGCACUGGCGUCACAAGGUAUUGGACACCCAAUCAAAAAGGUCUGCCAUCAACAACGAAACCAUCGCUGCGGCCGCUAAUGCUGUUGAAACCGGUGUGGAAAACAGCGGAUCACGCGAGGGAAAAUUCUUUUCACUGUUUACUGUCGUGAAAUUCGCCAACGACGACUGCACGACAUCAUCAAACGAAAAUGGUACCUGCUACUCCGCAUCCGAGUGCAGCGCUAGAGGUGGUGUCGCCAGCGGAUCCUGCGCUGGUGGAUUUGGCGUCUGUUGCACUUUUUCUUUCACCUGUGGCCAAACAACCAACCAGAAUUCUUCCUAUUUUUCCAAUCUGAAUUAUCCUUCCAGCUACGAUGCUACAGGAUCCUGUCAGCUAACUGUGAACAAGGCAUCAAGCAACGUAUGCCAGUUAAGACUUGAUUUUGUUGUCAUGAUGUUGGUGCAACCAGAAACAAAUGACAGCAAUUGCAACCGAGAUCAAUUUAUUGUCACAGGCGGAAGUCGUGUUCCGUCUAUUUGCGGAACAAACAACGGACAGCACAUGUACGUGGAAACUGGAUUACUCGGGAAUAGUCCAAUCACAUUGACAGUGGUUACCAGUGGAACCGGAUUUUCUCGCCAGUGGAGAAUAAAAGUGACGCAGAUGAAUUGCGAUUCCAUCUCGAGAGCUCCAAAUAGUUGCGUGCAAUACUUUACCGGCGUGUCGGGUACAAUUCAGUCUUUCAACUACGAUGGAACUUCCGGCCGACAACUUUCCAACCAAGAUUACACAAUAUGUAUCCGCACUGAAAGCAAUUUUUGCAGCAUCGCCUACAGUGUAUGCAAUGGCGGAGUUUAUUCCAUCACUGGUCCUACUGGAGGUUCAGCUACUGCUGUGGGAACACCGAUCGGAGCACUGGUAGGAUCAACUACUUGCAACUCUGAUUGGUUAACUAUUCCUUGUGCUUCCGACACUGGGAGAGCCAUUCAGCGCGGUAAUUCUGUAUGUCAAGAUCGCUUGUGUGGUGAUGCAUUUGCAUCGGUGGUUCAGGCUACUAGCGGGACCGUCAUAUCCAGCGUGCGACCUUUCCGAGUGACUGUUCACUUUGACGGUUUCGAGGCCAUUGUACCAACUUCGGUCACAAACGUUCAACCACAAUUUAAUAAUCGAGGAUUUUGCCUCAGCUACAUCCAACAGCCAUGCACUUCCAUAUAACCGAAAAGAGUAUAGGCUACUUCGUUUCUAAUGUUAUUAAAACCAAAAAUAAUACCGUAAGUUUGUACUGUUCUUCAAAAAACAUUUUAAAGCCAAUAACUGCAAUUUAUAAUAAACCAGUUAUUCAUUAAUCCGUCGCCUAACUAUUCGCAUUUUUUGAUUGAAUUAUGUUUUCUAUAAAUAUUUUGUUGUGAAAAAAAAAAUGCAUUAGACACAGCAGUAGUCGGCAGUAGUAAUAUUAGAAUUCGAAGAACUCUAUUUCUCCCGAAUGAUAACCCGUCGCUCUUUCAAUAAUCGGCCGCAGGUUGGCCAAUCACCAACACCAAUCAGCCCCAUCACUGAUUUCAUUUUCAAAAUCGUUUGUAGAA